AUGAGGAAGAAUUUAUGGAAAAAGUUGAUUGACAUCUCCAAAGAUAUCCAGGGAGAUUUUGAUGCUGUUUUAAAUAACAACGAUAGAUGUGGUGGUAAUGAAUUAGACGAGGAGCAUGCUAUUGAGCUCCAAAAUUGUGUAUCUGCUGCAGGGCUCUUUGAGUUGAGAAGUAUAGGUUGCUUCUACACUUGGAACAACAACCAAUUGGGAGAUAACAGAAUAUGGAGAAGACUGGACAGAGUCUUUUCAAAUGGCAACACUAGUGAAAACCAUAAUGUCUAUUUUGAGGCUUUACCAAAUGGCAUUUCAGAUCACAGUCCCAUAAUUACUACUAUCCAGGAUAACCAAUACAGGGGUAAAAAAAAGGAUAUUAUUGAAGAAGAGUGGAGUAAAGAUUAUAAUGGCUACUGGAUGUUCAAAAUUGUCCAGAAGCUUAAGUCUAUCAGUUACAGACUGAAUCAGUUGAAUAAACAGCAUUACUCAAAGAUAUCCCAGAAAGUUAACAGAUAUAAAGUCAUUCUUGAUCAGCUCCAAAUUGACAUUCAAAAAGACUUGGGUAACAGCUUUCUUAUUGAUGAAGAGAGAGCUAUGGCUAUUCAGUUAAAGAAUAUGCUUAGAUGUGAGGAAAGUUUUUACAAACAGAAAUCAAGAAUUCAAUGGCUUAAUCUAGGCGACUCCAACACCAAGUACUUUCACAACUCUAUCAAGCAAAGAAGAGCUAUGAAUAGUAUUCCUUUAAUCAAGUUGGAUGAUGGCAGGAUUAUCAAUUCUCAGAAAGAUAUCCUGGAGGAAAUGACACGGUUCUACACGAAUCUUGUAUGGAAAAACAUUUUGUAG